AUGCGAUGCCGAUUGCGAUGGUCGACCCCGAUGGCCCAAUCAGGCCAAUCCCACAUAUCCCAGAAUGCCACGAGAGCCCCGGCGAUCCCCGGGGCCACGUCUCAGGAACGUGAUUCGCUGUGCAACGAGCAAAUCAUCUUCUUGAGACGCAGGAGACGUCACGUGCGGAUGCGCGGCUGA